UGCCGGUGGUGCAGUGCCGAUCCAUGCUCUAUCCCCGUGAGUAUGUGUGCGUCCAUGAAAAACCCUGUUAGCCAUGUUAGCCAUUAACAAGGGCCGCCCCGCAAAGGAUGUUGGUCUAAGAGUGCCAAGGUUACUCAAAGCUUUUGAAGAUCUGUCUGAAAAUAAGCCCGCCAAGCGUAGGCAAGCAAGGUUAAGCCUGUAUCCGACCGUGACACUACUCCCUCUUCGUCAUUGUUGUGCGGCAAAAUCAGAAUGGAAGCUGCAGAUGUAAAAAAAGUUUGGACUUUUGAAGCAAAACAAUGGAGAUUCGGUUCUUACUUCUUAGCAUAAACUACUUACUGCUUCAAAGGGAUUGUAGUUACAGUCAUAACUUCAAAGGAAGAAGUGAGACAUAAACAGACAUUAUCUUGUAAAAUAAAAAGCAGUUUCAUGGUUCCUUACCAGGGUUCUCUUGAGGUUCAAAUGGAGACAAAUUAGAGCUUGGAAGAAAGUUUUGGGUUUCCCGAUCAAAGAGUCCAAGAGAUAUUAAGUUUGGCCUUUAGAGGCGGGAACUAAGGUUUAUUAGGUUUUUGGUUUCUAAGAUGGAUACAAGCCUGGAGCAGAUUCUGCAGGAGGGCAAGCUGCUUCGGCAGGUUAAUGCUUUAAUCGUUGCACAUCUUCGCGAUAACAAUCUCAACCAGGCAGCGUCCGCGGUCGCCUCUGCAACCAUGACGCCGUUGAAUGUUGAAGCCCCUCCCAACAAGCUUCUUGAUCUCGUAGCCAAGGGUCUUGCAGUAGAGAGGGAUGAGGCAUCAAGGGGGGUUUCUUCGGCUGCAAUAUUUGACUCCGGAACAGCAAUACCUGCUGGAUAUGGCUCAGUUCCAAUUCCUCGCACUAUUGCCAUUGAUUUCAGUGCCGUGCAAGAUACAAAAGGCUCAUCAAAGAGUUUUCCAAAGCACGAGACAAGACAUGUUUCAGAGCAUAAGAAUGUUGCCAGAUGCGCAAGAUUUAGUCCUGAUGGGAGGUUUGUUGCAACUGGGAGUGCAGACACAUCAAUUAAGCUCUUUGAGAUUUCAAAAAUCAAGCAAAUGAUGCUAGCAGAUGCAAGGGAUGGCCCUGUUCGACCUGUCAUUCGAACAUUUUAUGAUCAUUUACAACCAAUAAAUGAUUUGGAUUUUCAUCCUCAAAAUACAGUUCUGAUAUCCAGCGCCAAAGAUCAUACAAUAAAGUUUUUUGAUUUUUCAAAAACUGUGGCAAAGAGAGCUUUUAGAGUUAUCCAGGAUACUCAUAAUGUGCGGUCUGUAUCUUUCCAUCCUUCUGGGGAAUUUCUUCUAGCAGGGACAGAUCAUCCAAUUGCCCACUUAUACGAUGUCAAUACUUUUCAGUGUUACCUGUCAGCAAGCGUCCCAGAGAGUGGUGUUAAUGGGGCCAUCAAUCAGGUGAGGUAUUCAUCUACUGGUGGUAUGUAUGUAACAGCAUCAAAGGAUGGUGUUGUUAGGAUUUGGGAUGGGAUAACUGCAAAAUGUGUGCGUUCCAUUGCUGGGGCCCAUGGUUCAGCAGAAGCCACCAGUGCAAGUUUCACAAAAGACCAAAGGUUUGUUCUCUCAUGUGGGAAGGAUUCCACGGUGAAGCUGUGGGAGGUUAGCACUGGAAGGCUGGUGAAACAAUAUAUUGGAGCUAUACAUGCACAGAUGCGUUGCCAGGCUGUUUUCAAUGAAACGGAGGAAUUCAUCCUUUCAAUAGAUGAGCCAAGCAAUGAAAUUAUUAUAUGGGAUGCCCUGACUGCUGAGAAGGUGGCAAGGUGGCCAUCUAAUCAUAUUGGUGCUCCUCGAUGGCUUGAGCAUUCACCAACGGAGGCAGCUUUUAUUUCCUGUGGGACCGACAGGUCGGUUCGAUUCUGGAAGGAAAUUCUAUAGGAAAAUGAAAUAUGCUAGCUCAAGGCACAGAUGCAGGAAAAAUUUAUGUAGAAAUGCAUUUCUUAAAGGAAUUUAAUGUUUUCAAAGAAAGUAAUGAAAAUGAUUUACUGGUCAACAAAAAUGCAAGCAGUUAGAGAUGUCCAAAUUCAUAAUAGUUUUAUGGAUUGAACGACGUUUUACAGAAUUCAGUCUGAGCAUUCAGUAUUUCUUUCUUCACUCAAGAUAUUACUAAAGUUGAGUGCAUUCUCGUGAA